CUCAUUAGCGAAUAGUAGGUAAAUAAUGUGAAAAGUUAUCAUCGAUGAGAGUUUGAGCUUUGAGUUUCAAAAUAUAAAUUAACUAGAUAAAUAAUAUUAUAUGUUCAUACUUCUUAGUAUAUGUAUACAGCGGAGUGGACGUUAAAUAGUAACAAAUUUAAUUUACACCAUGGAUGAUGAUGCGGAAACAUACAAACUUUGGCGUAUUCGUAAAACAGUUAUGCAGCUUUGCCAUGAUCGAGGAUACCUUGUAACACAGGAUGAAUUGGAUCAAACAUUAGAUCACUUUAAGGAACAAUUUGGUGACAAGCCAAGUGAAAAAAGGCCAGCUCGCAGUGAUUUGAUUGUUCUUGUGGCACACAAUGAUGACCCGACAGAUCAGAUGUUUGUAUUUUUCCCAGACGAAGCUAAGAUUGGUAUCAAAACAAUAAAAACUUACUGUACUAGAAUGCAAGAAGAAAAUAUACAUAGAGCUAUUGUUGUUGUUCAAGCAGGUAUGACACCAUCGGCCAAACAGUCUCUAGUAGAUAUGGCCCCAAAAUAUAUAUUGGAACAAUUUUUGGAAUCAGAACUUCUUAUAAAUAUAACUGAACAUGAAUUAGUCCCGGAACACAUUGUACUAACACCUGAUGAAAAACAAGAAUUGUUAGCUAGAUACAAAUUAAAAGAAAACAUGUUGAUGAGAAUCCAAGCGGGAGAUCCAGUGGCCAGAUACUUCGGUCUGAAGAGAGGACAGGUCAUAAAGAUCAUCCGAUCGUCGGAAACGGCUGGAAGAUAUAUUUCAUACAGAUUAGUUUGCUAAGUAUUAAAAAUAAACUAUUUUUACGACCAA